ACUUAAAACACUGCCUGGCCGCUAACUGUUUCGCUACGUCGGGACCAGAGGACGCAAAUCAAGUGAAACAAAUCUCCUGACAGGAGAAAAGUUCAUGCUGGAGUUUCCAAAGACCUUCGAGGGCCUUAUGAAGUCCAAGCUGAAUAUGGAGAAUUUGACCAAGUCAGAGGUGCUGAUGCUUUUCAGCAUCCUGGAAGGAGAGCUGGAGGCCCGGGACCUGGUCAUUGAUACCCUAAAGGCUCAGCGUAAAGAGCUGUUUAUUCAGGAGCGCUAUGGCAGGUAUAACCUCAGCGACCCCUUCCUGGCCUUGCAGAGGGACAGUGAGGUUGUCGGGGACCCGAACAAGGACCCGGGCUGUUCGUCCCCCACCUCCAACCCUCUGGUGGUUCUCAAACUAGUGGUGAGCCACUGCAGGAGGAUGCAGGAGAAGAUGCUGGCCCAGCUGGCUGCAGUGGAAAGCAGGCACAGAAGGGUCAUUGCCGAUCUGGAGGAGGAACGGAGGAGGCACGCUGAGGACACCGCCGAGGGAGAUGAUGUCACCUACAUCCUGGAGAAAGAGAGGGAGCGCCUACAACAACAGCUGGAGUUUGAGCGGAGCCAGGUCCGGCGGUUGGAAAAAGAACAGCGGCGAAUUACUGAGCAACUAGAAGAAGAACGGGCUCAGCACAAACAGCUGUCCUGCGCCUUGGCCAAAGAGUGCAAGUGGGCGAGUGCCAGGGCUCUGGAGGAGGGUCACCGUCUGACGGAGCUGAGCCGUACGCUUGACAAGGAGGAGCAGGCUUGUCAGGCACUGAGAAACGAGCUGGAGGAUGAGAGGAGGCGAGCUCUGAGAAUGGAGGCGAGGGUGGAAGAGCAGCUGGCUGAGUUCGACACGGAGCGGGAGCAACUCCGCUCACGUUUGAAGAAGGAGGAAGCUCACUGCUGUCAGCUACAGCAACAGGUAGAGGAGCUGAAGAGGACGCUGGAGGAGAUGAGUAUGAUGAGAGAUGUUAGGGAGGCAGUUGCAGCUCCAGUUGAGGCAGUAGGAAACGAGUGGGCCAUGAAAGUUCCUCCAGCAAAGACAGUAGUAGAGACUAUUACGGUGGAGGAGAUUGACGAAGACCAAAACCCACGACCUGUGCAGCCGGAAGUCAACUGUCACCAUGGUCCAAUGGAGACCAACGGGCACCACGGUCCAACCAACGCCUUCCCAGAUAACAUUAUACAGAAUGGGAAUGAGAAUUCUCUAAUUCAUCAGGGCCAGACAUCAUUCUCCCCCUGCAGUGUCACCCCCACCACAUUCCCUCCUUCCUCCCCAUGCGCUUCGCCUGUCCUUGCUAAACGCCCGCCAGGCAGCCCGAGCCCUGGUAGCUACCAGUCUCCCUACCAGGCCGGGAUCAACCAGCGCUUCCACGCUGCUCGUCAUCGGUUCCAGGGUACCACUGACCAAGAGCCUCCGUCCCAGGCCACACAGCCGGCUCUCCCCCUCUCACCAAAGGAUGUCUCCCCUGUGACCAGCGGCUCGUCCCCAGAAACCAGCCCAGUCAAGCAGAUGGCCCGAAGCACAGUCACUCAAGUCCUGUCCCGCUUCACCACCGUACAGCAGAGCGCCACACCGAAGCUCGCAACACCAAACAAUUCACCGUUCGGUACAGACUACCGCAGCCUGGCAGCGCCUUUGUCUCCGAUCAUCGGAAAGGCCGCAGGAGUACUUCAGCAGGGGGUCCGAUCACCUACUACCCCCAGGGCAGAAAGGGGCAACCCUCCACCCAUCCCCCCUAAGAAGCCCGGUCUGACCCAGGCCCCACCCUCCCCGGCAGCAGUGCCCAGGUCUGCCAGCCACUUCUCUGACAGCCCCCUCUCAGCCAGCUGUGGCCUCACCUCCAGCCAGGAGGGAGUCAAAGAACUGGACCUGGUGGUUUCUUCUAAUUAACUGGUCAUUUGAUUGGUCAGUGAAUGAGUUAGCUGCUGCUCUGCUUGUAGCACAAUGGUUGAUUCCACAUCUCAUAAUCAUGAUUGUUGAGGUAUUGUUUUGUACUUGACAGAAUUUAUAUUCUGUGCGUAUUUGAACAGAGGUCUCUUCAAAACACUGUCAUAAUUGUAUUUAUUACAUUUGUUUUGGUAUGUGCUGAGCCACUAUUUUAGAUAGUGGUUAUAGAGCUGGUACUAGUGAGCGUUACAACUGACAGGGUUGUGCGAAUAUUGAAAUCCUGCUACUGUCGAUCCCUCCAGGAUUCUGAGAUGUCGCAAUCGCGCCAAUU